UAUAUUGAUAUUGUGCUGUCUUGCUGCCCGUCCGUAUGAGCGCGCGCUUUUGAAGCUAGAGAUUUGCCAUAUGCAAUAUUGCUCCUAUCUGAAUGUUACUCUUGUCGGAAGUCUAGAUCAUACCGAUGCGCCCACUGAGGGCGUGGUAUAUCAAGAAUCUGUGUUAUUUGUAGUGCUAAAGAAUUGAAAGUUUGUUAAAAUUUUAGAGCCCAUAUCAAAGAGGUACGGUAAAUCGACUAAAACUGCAUCGAUUGAGUUCCUAUAAAGUUCUAUAUAGUGGUAUUAUCCACGCCCAUGGGAGGAAAAUCGGAAUUGACUAUAUAGUAAUUUGUAAAUAUUCUGUAAUAUGUUGAGCUCUUCCGAUGCUUGAGAUUGAUAUAGUAAGGCCUCAAAUUUUAACAAUUUAUGUACUAUUAACUUGUCCACUGCUCAAUUGCCAAAACCCGUAUACCGAUAGGAGGGGGCGUGGCAAAUCAAAAAAUGGAGCCGGUAUCGUUUUGAUUGUGAAUGAGUAUUUUGCAGCCGGAAUCGCCGAAGAGCAACGGUCUUACUUGUCUGCCGUACCGGCAUCUUUAGCAACACUGACUCCAGGCUAGCUGGUCCUAUGAUUGGCUGAAUCAUAUUGGUAUAUGUGUGUGUGUUCCUUUCCCGGAGUCCAUUUUGCGCUGUUAACACUAUAUUCAGCAACUUCCGAGAGCUGUCGAAGAUUUCACACAGAAACUGACACGAGCUCUGCCAUUGCACACAUCAAGCGAUUUACAAUUACAAAAAUAUUCCACAUUACAAAAAAUCGAUCCCAACCAAAAUGGCUGUGAACGUGCAUUCGACUAAUGUAUCAUCGCAGAACUGGUCGCGCCACGAGAUGUUGUCCUGGGUCAACACUCAAUUGAAGGCUGAAUUCACUAAGAUCGAAGAACUAUGCACAGGCGCUGCCUAUUGCCAAUUCAUGGACAUGCUGUUCCCGAAUUCGGUUGCUCUUAAGCGCAUCAAGUUUCGUGCCAAUCAGGAGCACGAAUUCGUGCACAAUUUCAAGCUGCUGCAAGCCAGCUUCCAGAAGAAGUCUGUCCAUAAGGAAAUUCCGAUUGAGCGUUUGAUCAAGGGACGCUUUCAGGAUAACUUUGAGUUCUUGCAAUGGUUCCGCAAGUUCUUCAAUGCCAACAAUAAGGGAAAGGCAUACAAUGCCCUUGCCGCACGCGAUGGCAUGUCGAUGGGCUUCGGUCCGAGCACUGCUAGCUAUUCCAAGAAUUCAUCUCAUAGCGCACGCUCAGUGUAUAGCGCCCAUCAGGUGCGCACUCGCACUUUCGUUAGCGAUGCUCAUUUGACAUAUCGCAAGGAGAAGGCUUCUAUCGAUGUGCCGGAUAACAAUAUCGAUAUGCGUACCAUUCUUCAAGAGCUGGAACGUGUCGAACAGGAUCGCGAUAUGUAUGCAUCGAAAUUGCGCGAUGUCAAGGUCAUUUGCGAAGAAAAUCGAGAGACUAAUCCAGAGGUCGUUCACAAAAUACUUGGCAUUAUCAAUGAGGAUACUAGCAUUGAGACGUUCCCAUUUGAUGACAAAACUUUCAAUGCUGAAUUGUUUGAUCAACCCAACAAUGGCAGGCAGUGCUAAGCUGCACCCACACAUACACAAUUACUCACGCACCCAGUCUUUAGUACAUACACUCGCAUAUGCAUUCACAUACUAGGGGGGUCAUCGGUCGCUAAUAGGUUCACACACUCAUACUUUGGGAACUGCUACAUAUACAGGGAACAUCUGAUACUAUUUUCAAUAAUUUGUUACCUUCUCUACAUAACCACUACAUAAAGAACAAUGCUUACAAUGUUCGCGUUCAGUAGGUACUGUCUCAAUUGUUUGACAUUACUGCUCCCCAUAAUAAUACCUAAACAUCGUUAAGAGCCAAUUUGAAAUGGCCAUAAGACAUCUAACUACUGAACGCGUUCAUUCGGCUAAUGAGCAGUAA